GAGGGCGGAGCUCAAAUCUACAGCGGAGGCUGGGUGUCGCCUGACCGGAUGAUGACAGAAGUUUGCGGUUUAAUGCGGCGAUUUUUAUCAUGCAGUCUUCCAGUUUGUGACUUCACCGGGACUCUGACCGCUAGAGGAACUAUUGGAUCCAGGCUGGUCUUGGUUUCUAUGUCAUAAAUUAAAAAAACUGUCUAACAGAUCCCUGUGCCAUCUGGGAACUUUCUGUCUGCUGGAAGUGCGACCCUCUGGCUCUAAUUUGCCCAGGUUGGAGAGCAGAAAAGAGCCCGCUGGGCUGACCGAGGUGCCGCGAUGGGAAACCGGGGAAUGGAAGACCUAAUUCCCCUGAUCAACAAGCUCCAGGACGCGUUCAGCUCCAUCGGACAGACCUGCAACUUGGACCUGCCGCAGAUAGCGGUGGUCGGUGGCCAGAGCGCAGGGAAGAGUUCGGUGCUGGAGAAUUUCGUCGGGAGGUUGUACCUUUUUAUCUAUUUUUGGAUUCAUGUGACUUUUUAUCACUUUUUUUCUCUGUGCUUUCUUAGUCUUUCUGCUCUGUUUAGACAAACGACGCUGGGCUUUUGCGUAAAAGUCGCCAACUAAGCACAUAGUUACGCGCUGUGUGUCUCGGUGCCUCCCAGUUUCAAACGUUUCUUUUCCAACGGAUUUUUCCAUUUUGGAGCCAAGCUAUUCACCACCCAUUUUUACGCGUUUUACGCAAGUAAACAGCUGUUGGUUAAAUGAAAGCACUGUGGUGAAAAAUGUUGAAAAGAUGUUCAAGAAACAUUAGGUCUCAAACUUAUAUAUGAAAAAUUUGUUACUAUCCUAUCGAAAGUGUUACCUGAACUCACAAAUCAUGUCUCCAUAUUAGGCCAGUCUAUAAAUCAUUUACAAAGGCCGUUUCUCCUCCAGGCUUCCUUCUCAGGGUUGUCAAUACACUUUUAUAUGCCUCAUAUUACAAAGGUCAGGUAAAUGUUUUACUUCUAAGGGUGAGGUGGCGAUAUGAUGACUUGGUUAAUAAGGUCAUCAUGAGACUGGAGAAUAAAAGCAGAGUAAGUCUGAGAAUAUAAUCAAUUCAGGAGAAAUCUGCUCUACUUCUUUGUGAUGUUUGUGAUGAAUGAGUUAGAAGGAAAUUGAAUGAGAACUUGUUGACCCUCUUGUGAUGACUAAGAGCUACAAAUUCCCCCAAACACUGAAGCCACAGUAGAAUCAUUCCUUUUGAAAAGGUUUGAAGGUUCUCCUUUUUGUUUGCAACAAAGCAUAGAGAAAAAAAGGUUAUUGGAGAGAACAUCUUCAUGGGGACAAGAAAAGGAAAGAAGUCAAAGCUUAGGCCUCAGCUGCUGAAGAUAUUUGAGCAGCUUUGAGUGAAGGUACCAGAAAAGGGAUCACUUUACUCUGAUACAUGACAGAAAGAUUUCACUUGUUGUCCAUGAGAUUGGGAAUGUAGAUUAGGCAGCCAUGUCUCCUCUUUUUUUCCUGCUGCCUUUUGUCUCUAAGACCCAAGCAGUGGCCGAGGAGACAGUAGGGGCAUUGAUGUGUUUGUGCUGGGGUCAUCAGUGAUGUCACCAGCUGCACUGUCAUGUGUAUAUGACACACACUGGGUACCAGAUACCCACAGAGGGGAGUUUUGCUGUUUUCCUGUUUUGUUAAUUAGAUUAUGGAAAAGCAGAGAUCAUACACUGGCUUAUCAAAUAAGUUUAUUCAGUUUAAUUGAAUUAGAGUAGGAUUUGGGGUAUUGGCUCAUCUACUAGUAGUUUUCAUCUGAGUCUAGUGGUAUCCAUUCCUGAGGCUGUUCCACUGAGCUAAAGGGUUUCAGGUUUAUUUAGACAAAUGGAAAGAAAAAAAAGAAGCAGAAAAACAUUUGCCACCAUAGGUUUCAGUUUAGGUCAUAACUUCAUUUUAAAGUCUGAAAUAUUAAACGUAUUGUCAGAUUUCUCAAAGAUGAAAUAUCUGUAACUAAUCAGCUUGUGAAAUUAAUCCAAUGAGGUGUAAAGAAAAAUAACAAGACGGGCUCCACUGCACAUUACCCGAACUCAAACUAAAGUCAUUGAGAUGAAGUGCACAUACACAAAAACAAACAAAGAGGUAUACGCAUCCUAGAAUGCAGGAAAUGUGUUCUGGAUACAUGCCUCUGUGAUUGAGCUGAUUACAGACUCAUUUAGGAUAGUACUAUUCAUGUUCUGCUUUCAUAAGUGACAGGAAGAGAUGAGGAAGGAGAGCAGGAUUCACUGUUGUGUAACUUCCUGCCUGCUCUGUCAGCACUGGACAACAGAUUCAGGGUGUGUGUGUUCAUAUGUGUGUGUUUUUCUCUGUUUGUAUGGCCUAAUUACCCAAUUACCUAUUCUAUAACCUUACUAAGGCUUUACUGCGGGGAGUCAGGCACAAAAACAAACUGGCAGGCAGGCGGGCAGGGAGACCUAUUGGUGGCCUGGAGAGAUGUGUAGUCAGUGACCUGGACAUGAUCACGGUUGUAUUGAACGGGAGUUUCCAUUCUGAUGAGCAUGUUGUGUGAAAUUAGACAUGUUUCUGUCCCUGCAAGAUUUAUAACAAAUGCUGUAAGACAAUCUCUGUUUUACAUCAAUAAUGCACAUGUGCAUUUGCAGAGUUCAAAGUUAGAGCCUCUCUCUGGAGCUGUUAAUUUGGAAGGAGCAAACAUACUGCUCUUAUGUUCAAAUCUAUUGACCCAAGACAAAAAUAUAUACAAUAUGCAUCCACCUCCUCCCCUAAUUAAAGAAUGAAGCCGAAUACUGCAGUAAUCUGGCCAGUAUAGCUGCAGGAUUGAGGUCACACCUUUCCCGCAGCCAAAGCUCACAGUUUACUUACUAAUAGUGCAUCAAAGAUCCCCCAGAACACUUCAACCCGCAUUAGAAAAGAUUAUUGUGUCUGUUCAAAGCAAUUAGCCUAAUAUGAAAAGAAAGUUCAGUCACUCUUGUGUCAGGGUUGGUCACAUUUUCUUUCUCAUUUUUAUUAAUCAAAACUGAACUUUUCUAAAAAUAAAUGAAGGACACCAUGUUGGAGAAAAAUCCGACCUUCAACUUUUUAGUUUGAUUGUUUGUGAUUAUAGAGGAGCUAGGCUGUAUGAUCUAUGCUGCAGCCAGUUACCAGGGAGUGCACUAAAUAUUUGACUGCACUUGCUGGAAGCUGGUGUGCCAUCCUCGGUCUAUGGUUAUGACACAUGUCUGUUAUCCUAUUUACUUUCAGUAUCCUUGUUCCUGAGUUGGGUGUGUGUGUUUAACUUCUGUCUCUUUUUCAGGGACUUCUUGCCAAGAGGAUCUGGCAUCGUCACCCGGCGCCCUCUCAUCCUACAGCUAGUGAACAAUAAAGCAGGCAAGUUGUAUUUUACUUUACACAAAGUGAGGAGGACAGCUAUUGCAUUCUCAAAUCCAAACUUUUCAAGCAUAGGAUCUGGUAUUGAAAGCCAAAGCUGAUAGUAUCAUCUGACAGAGAACUUACAGUCUGUUGAGAAUGGCACUCCUUAUCACAGACUCUUGACUCUUUCAAGUCUGCUCUGAAGCGACACUUGUUUAUUCAGGCUUUUGGUAUUUAGUUAGGUUUUUUGUAGUGUGUUGUUAAGCGCUUUGGGUAUCUUGAAAGGCGCUAUACAAAUGUAAGAUAUUAUUAUUAUUAUUAUCAAAUCACAGUUUCAUUGUUGUUGCCGUUUAGGUAUUUGCAGUAAAAGCAUUUUGUGUUUGUCAGAUAUGGUGGUGUAAACAAGCAAUGCUCUUUUGAUUGAUUUUAGUUCCACAUAUUCAUUAGAUGAGACCUAGGUGGGAUUGACACAGUCUCGUGGAGCUUGGGUUAGCUGUCAGCUUGUUUUUGCAAAAAUGCCUUUUGGAUUUAUUUUAAAUGUAGGAAGUACAUGCUGCAAAUGUAAAAACAAGGCAUAGGGAAUAGUUAGAAACUAAGAAGCCUGGCUGAUAUGAAUCCUUUAAUUGUUAUUUUUGUUUUGUUUUUUGUUUUUAAAGCAAUAAACUAAAGUAUCGACCAAUAUCACUUUUUCAGUGGCUGAUAGGAUUCUGAUGAUUACAGAGAAGAUCAGCCACUGAUUAAUAGCUUUAUCUCCAAUACACUGAAUUUCUUCACGUCCACAAAACCUUUUCAGUAAAUAUUCAGACCAGUUUUAUCUGCAGGACCGUCAGUACAUGUAGAAUUUAAUUUUUGUGCAGCUGAAAGACACAAAACAAAUGUAGACCUUGUGGCUGUCAUUUCUUUUCUAUCACUUGCUGUGUUUACAUGGGCACAAAUAGUCUGAAUAAAAGUGCAUCAUGUAAACAUGUUGAUCGGAAGAUUCAGAUCCAAUUUAGCUCAAUUGGAAAGAAAUUGUAUUCCAAUAGAGUGGGGUGGUUUAUGCCGAUUGUUACUCCAAAACGUGUCCGUGUAAACACUUAUUCCGAUCCUGACUCUCUAACCUGACUCGAUCUUCACUCUUUAGUCUUUGGCUUUUUUAUUGAGGUCAGUACAGGAGAUUCCAUUAUUAACACUAUGGCAUAAAACACAACUGUGGGAGCCGUGUCUGCUUCUCCGAUAAGAUAACAAGGCGUACAUACAGUGUAAUACAGAUGUAAAUACAACUCUUCUUCUGCGGUUGUUUUAGCGUAAUCAGACAACUCUGUGCACACGUCAUGAUCAGAUUAUUUGAUUUUGCACCCAUAUUAACAGUGGAUUCAGAUUAUCAGAUCCCUCAAAUUUUUAAUCGGAUCAAGAAAUGUUGCCCAUUUGCCUAAUGCUUUGUCUUUUUAUUUACAGUGUAUAUUUAUCUCUCACCACUCUAUAACCCCUCUGCCUGUUUGAACUGUCUCUAUCUCCUGCAGAAUAUGCUGAGUUCCUGCAUUGCAAGGGCCGUAAGUUUGUGGACUUUGACGAGGUCCGUCAGGAGAUAGAGGCAGAGACUGAUCGGCUCACAGGAUCCAACAAGGGCAUCUCCCCUAUCCCCAUCAACCUGCGUGUCUACUCCCCUCAUGGUAACACACACCCACAAAAACAGACCCAUUACAGCAGAUUUUUGGACUUUGGACUGUGCUUAUUUUAAUUCCUCUCCUCCAUCCUUUCCCAGUGCUGAACCUGACGCUGAUCGACCUGCCAGGUAUGACCAAAGUUGCCGUGGGAGACCAGCCUCAUGACAUCGAGUUCCAGAUCAGAGACAUGCUAAUGCAGUUCAUCACCAAGGAGAGCUGUCUGGUCCUCGCUGUCACCCCUGCUAACACCGACCUCGCCAACUCUGAUGCCCUCAAGAUUGCCAAGGAGGUGGAUCCGCAGGGUAAGUGGACUCUGAGGUAGUUUUUUAAUUUUAUUUUAACCAUGGUUUUGGGUGUAGGAUAGCAUUAACCUAUCUUAUCUUUUAUUUGUCUUACUGAGACCUUUUCCUGCUGAAGUCAUGAACAAGACUGAUCACACUUUGCUGUAUCUUGGUGGCAUUAGCAAUCUCUAUUACCGUUACUCUAUUGUGUACGUUGUCCCAUCAAUUAUUAUAAUAACAUUAAAUAGACACUGUGCUAGUCACAGUGUAAGGUUUUGCAAUGAAAACAAGAUUACAGCUCCUUUUUUCCAUGAAUUCAACUGUGUUUGUUUUUCUCUUUGUUAAUGUUUUCACCCUCGAACUCUGGCAGUGGAUGUAUUUGUAAAUUUAUAGCUGUGUAAUUGUCAGUAGCUGCAGUCAGACCUCUCAAGGUCUUUUUACUUUUAGGCAGAAGACUAAAAGAUAACAGGAGGACCAUUGAGAACAGCUAGUUCAGAUGUUGAAGUUUACAGAAAAAAAGGGAAUACACAGUUUAAAAAAAAAAAAUCAGCCAAUCAAAGUUUCUCUAUCAACUCAAUAAUCCCUGUUUAAUGUAUCAAUUUAAUAAUGUGAAGAUGACAUCCUCAUAUUUAGGGCUGCGGACCAUUGGUGUGAUCACAAAGCUGGACCUGAUGGACGAGGGGACAGAUGCUCGAGACAUCCUGGAAAACAAACUGCUGCCACUUCGUAGAGGUAAGAUGACACUUACCUCUACACUGACACGCACAUGGACAACUAAAGAUUUAGUGAGGAAGCUUUAGAGUGAUGAUUGUGUUUCUCUGCACUGGAUUUGAAACUAUUUGUUUGACAUGAAACAAAACUCUCAGCUAUAGUUGAGAUAAACAGAGUUGUAGAGGGGGAACUGCAGCCCUUUGCACACUUGCUUUUCACAUUUUUUGAAUGGAGCAAAUUGAAGUAAAGUUGUUUAUUUCUCAAUAUAAGAAAUCCAGUUUAGUAUCAGACAUUGUGUCUUCUUUUUACCUUCAGUCAAGUCUUUGGCAUCUAAAUCACUUUUAAAAUAUGUUUUGCUGUCAGAAACAAUCAGACUAAAAUUCCCGGAUGCCUCAUUUGUUUAUUUCUUCAGGUUACAUUGGGGUAGUGAACCGCAGCCAGAAGGACAUUGAUGGGAAGAAAGACAUCCAAGUCGCUCUGGCUGCUGAGAGGAAGUUUUUCCUGUCCCACCCAGCAUACCGGCACAUAGCAGAGCGUAUGGGCACACCACAUCUGCAGAAGACCCUCAAUCAGGUGAGACACACAUCUGAUCAGACACAGGCUUUGUUAGCACAGGUUUAGUUAUGUGACCGAUUUUUAGGUCUGUAAAUAUUUCGAUAGUGCUCUCUUUGGAUCCUGAUAUAUUGUCUCUAGUGUGGGGAUCUGCUGCUUUAGACAUAAUCACACUAAUGUGAAAUCUUUGCCCUUUUUUCCAGCAACUCACGAACCACAUCCGAGACACGUUGCCAGGGUUGCGCAGUAAGCUGCAAAGCCAGCUGUUAUCGCUGGAGAAGGAGGUGGAAGAGUACAAAAACUUCCGCCCUGAUGACCCUGCACGCAAAACCAAGGCUUUACUCCAGUCAGUACAGAAACACUCAUACCAGCGCACAAAUAAACACCACUUUACUGCAGAUCAGGAGACACUAAUGGUGUGAUGUGAAUAAUCUGCAGGAAUGUGCAGCAGUUCAGUGUGGACUUCGAAAAGUGCAUUGAAGGAUCUGGAGAUCAGGUCGACACUUCUAACCUGUCCGGUGGAGCAAAGAUUAACCGCAUCUUUCAUGAGAGGUUUCCUUUUGAGCUGGUGAAGGUUAGCAAAGUUUUGAUGUCUAUUUGCACAAUGAAUACCAUUAUUAUUAAAGUUACUUGUAACAGGUUCAUUUGUAUGCAAAGGCCUCUGUGAAGCUUAGGGCUCAUUUAUGCUCGCCAUACGUAUAAAAAAUGUACUUCUACAUUUCAAACGAUGGUUCCAUCACUGCCCACAUACUUCCAUGCGUCCUUUACGUUGGCAUGGAUGUUAACCAUUACAUCCACCAGGAGGCAGGCCAGAGCCAAAAGUGUCUGACAACAACAAACAAAAAAGAAAAAAGGCGACUGUGGAGGAGCUAGUGAUAAUGUAUAUUUUGCAUAGGAGACAGAAAUGGAGGCAGUGUUGGAGGAGGCGGUGGUCGGUCAGGCUACUAAAUGCCUCGUGGCUGGAGGACGGAGAAUUCUUUUCUGUAGAAGAUGAGAGAAAUUGACAAUGAUACUCAGAAAGCCCCGCCAUAGUCUUCUUCUUUUCUCUUUAGAGUUGUGUAUUGGGUAGUGACAGCAGCAAAACUGCCCCCACGGUUUCCCGUGGUACUGCUCCGUCUGGCCUGUAUCCAUAAGUUUCAAAGAUAUGUGCCGAAAUAUGGACAAAAAGAGCGCAAAGCACAGACAGAGAGCUCCGUCCAUAUUUUUGAUCCAUAUGUAACAUUGAGCAUUAAAUGAGCCUUUACGGGAGCAAACCUGACAGAUAGAAGACUGACUACGAAAAGUUUUUAUUAUAACCUGUAAAUUGGUUGAUACUUUAUUUUGAGUUUUUAUAUUUGUGAAUUCGCCUUUACAAGGAACUUUGUUUGCUAGGAGAGAAGAGAAACAGGAGCAGUUUUUUGUGUCAAAUGAGUACUACAGACAUGUACAGAUUUAACAAAAAAGGUAGAAAAAAGAAAGAAUUAGAUAAAAGAAAAAGGUUAUUUUGGACACUGAAGGAGUCUAGAGUUUAGCUUAUUUGAGAAACAGAUCCGAUUUAUAGAGGUGUUUAAAUGUGUUCAUGGCUGUUGGUACAUACAAACACGUCCGUCUCCCGGUUUAUUUGUAGCUUUGUUCUUGUUAUCAAGAAAAAAUGCUAACCAUCUCUGGAAAAUGUAAAUAACUUAGUCUUUUUAAAUAGACUAUUUCAGAGCAAACAAAUCAAUUAGCUGUUGUUGCUGUAUUAACUUGCUGGAAACUGACAUUUUUUCUGCACAGGCUUUAUUCCUAUUAGAGCAUAUCCAGAUAAAUAUCCUCACAAGCUCAAUUUCCACAGGCAGAAACAUCAAAACAAAGAUAAAAGUUUCCACGGCUAAUUCGAGUCAUAUGUUGUCUUUUGAUCUUAGUGGCACUCUUGCUUUUAUACUGAGGAAAACGACACAUUGUCUUAGAUAAAAGAAAUAGUGCAACAUAGUAUUAAGCUGUUUCAAAGUAGUAUGAAAGACAAAAAUGUGAGAUUAAAAAAAAAAAAAAAAAAACGAUCAAGGCAAAACUUUACAAGAAUACAGUUGAAAUCUCAAAACAGCAUGAGUGUAAUUCUAAUUCUUUAUCUACCUUCAUAUUUUUUGAAGGAUUAGUAUCAUAAGAACAGCCAGAUAGCUCUGCCAAUGGUAAUAACAUGUGCCUUUAUACUUAAGUAGUUUUCACUAAACAAUAGUGGUGGUAGAAAAAAUCGAUGCAACAUAGUAUUGCAAUGUUAUUUGUCUGGUGAUUUAUCAUAUUGUCUCAUCCACCAAGUAUCGAGUUAUUCAAAUUAAUUGUGAAUAUGAACUCAAGUCUAUGGAAAUGGAAAAAUAACAUCAGUUGUUUGUCCACUGAGGUUGGCAGAGGUGACAUCUUAGAGCAGGAGAAAGUUAGUACAACAAACAGCACCUGAGGACAUUAGGAAUGAAAGCAGGGCACAAAUGAGAUGGACAUGACACAUAAGGUUUGCAAGAUGUGCGACAUGAAUGUAAAAUUUUGCGUCAAUAAGGCAAACAUAAAGAAAAGACAAAUGCUAAAUCGGCUUAACAGUUGAAAAAAUUGUAUAAAUCCCAAUAUAUGGUAUUGCAAUACUCACUGUAUCACAAAAUGUUAAAAAUCGCAAUGAUAUCGUAUCGAGGCCCAAGUAUCAUGAUAAUAUCGUAUCACUGGGCAACUAGUGAUUCCCACCCCUAAUAAUCAACAGUUUGGCAUCACGUUGCUAAAAGUGUCAGGGCUAUAUCAUGAAUGAGACAUUCCUCAUUUUAGGGCAGGUCUCACUCUGAUCUUCUCAUAUGACAUGUUAUAUGACUUUAUAUGGCCGCAUUUUUGUGUAUAUUAUUACUUUUUUUUUUGUAAAUAUAGAACUUAACUCCUUGUGCAGCUAUUCUUGAAAUGGUUAUAUUCCUGUAAUAAUAUUAAUUAUAUCUCAAAAGCCCUUUUUCCCUUCAUUAUAUUCCCUCCUUAAUGAACAUUGAUGUAAUGCAGCAGUUUUGUUGUUUCAGCUUUCAACAGUCUGAAAUGUAGAAAAUACAAAUAAACCCACGGACUCCUCCCCGCAGCCAGGGGCAUGUUUGUCUAGUUUAAUGAGAUGUGCUCCACUAGAAAGAAUUGGCCCACAUCCUAUUUGAGUAGGACAAAUAUCAACAAUUAUAGCCUUAAUUAAUUUUGUUGACAUUGUGUCUUAGAUGGAGUUUGAUGAAAAGGAGCUGAGGAAAGAGAUCAGUUAUGCCAUCAAGAACAUCCAUGGUGUCAGGCAAGUUGAAACACUUUAAACAGUCCAUCACCUGUGGCACAUUUGGCCUCACUGUCCUCCCGUGUGCUCUCCUCUCUGCUAGUGUUCCUGCUUGUUUGUGUCCCUUGAGUGUGCUUCAGUAUUUUUUACAUCUAUAACUAGUUUUUAUUUGGUUUCAAGCUGCUUGUUUGCCUCAAGGCCGUCUUUUUCUUCACUUGUUGCAGUUUUGACCCUGCUGCUCUUCUUUUAGUCAUCCUUUGAGACUGUCUGCUUGUGUCUGCCUUCAUCUGUGGCCCUUCUCCUGCUCCAUGUCUCCAUGUGUGUCUUGUCUGUAUGUCCUUCAGGACAGGCCUGUUCACCCCAGACUUGGCGUUUGAGGCCAUAGUGAAAAAGCAGAUCAUUAAGCUGAAAGAGCCGUGUCUGAAAUGCAUCGACCUGGUCAUCCAGGAGCUCAUCAACACAGUCAGACAGUGCACAAAUAAGGUAUCACUGCAUGGUCUCCUGCCUGGCUGCCGUGUCUGCACAUACACACCACAGAGACCAGCCGACCUAAGAGCUGCCAGGAGACAUUUUGGUGCAACAGUUUAGCAGAUAUUUAGCAGAUAUCUUUAGCCAAGGCUUUAUUAGUAAAAAAUAAAGCGGAUGAAUUCAAAGUAAGAGAUCAGGUUUCCAUCUGUUUGUAUGAAUGUUAGUAGAUAUUUUCAACCAACCUGGCUGUACUGUGGUGCACUGAAGUGGUGUCUCUGAGAGGCUAUGUGGUCACAAACAGAAGGCAUGUCACUGUUUCUCUACAGGUUCAUUACAAAGCAAGCUGCAGGUUUUAAGUUUUAAGCUAAUGCUUAAAACUAGAGUCUUUAGUCAUGCUAGAAGCUCUAAUAGGCCAGAAUCAUACUCAGUGUCAACAAGACACUGAUAAAAAUACUUACAAUGCUAUCGUGUACAGAACAUUCAGCUGCGCUGACUCUGUUAAGCAUAUUAGCAUGCUCACAGUUUCUUAAUGACAUAACUGAACACAGAGUCCAUUAUGGGUUCAAUGCUUGACAUAUUUUCAUUUUAACUAAAUAGUUUCAAUAGAAAUGCCUAAAUUGAUCACUCAAGUGGUGAACAUUUAACUUUUGGGACAUAUAAAGUACAAUUUUUAUCUCAAAGUCAACAUGCGACUCAACAGCUACAGCCUGAAUCUGAACAUGAACCUGCAGCCUGUUUGAGGCUUUGACAUGAAGAAGAACUAACUCAAUGCUAUUUUUUUUCUUUUUCACAAACCCCAAUCUUUAUCAUUCUUUCUCUUUUCCAAACUCUUUCUUUGUCCCAAACUCUACAUCCAACUUUUCUUUUUCUAUAACUGAUCCUUUUCCUAUCAUCCUGGCUCAUGCAACGCCACCGCCUCCUCCUCCUCCUCCUCCUUUUCCUCCUCCUCCUCCUUCUCCUCCUCAUCCUUUUCCUGGCAUUAAACCUCCAACUCCCAUGAUGCCUUGCCCCACCACAGGACAGGGCUGUUCACUCCAGACCUGGCGUUUGAGGCCAUAGUGAAAAAGCAGAUCGUUAAGCUGAAAGACCCGUGUCUGAAAUGUAUCGACCUGGUCGUCACCGAGCUUAUCGCCCUGAUCAGGAAGUGCUCUGAAAAGGUAACAAGGAGCAGCAGAGAGGUAGACUUUAAAAAAGAUGAAAACAGAGAGAUAGAGGAGAUACUGAAGGGAAGAAUUCAAGCAUAAUUAAGGUGGUGGAGAUAUUGUUUUAUAAACUAACUUGUUGCUGUCUGGUGUUGAUAACUUUCCCCUCACCGCUGGUUAAGGCUUUGCUCAGCACACAUCCCACCCCUCUUCCUCGCUGUGGUGAUCCUGGACCCCACUUUCCCACUGACCCACACAAAACCCUCACCAUGCCUCACUCCUCAAAUCAAAUCCCCCUCUCACACUUAAAAAUUUUCCUGCUGGGGCAUGUCGCAUAUUUUACCCUGUUUGUAAAGGGAAGUUUUUGUGUAUUUUAAUUGAGAUCCACCCUGUCUGCACCUCUAGCAACAAUAAGACAACCCCAACAAGAUCCAAAUUUCAUCUCUUCCCGACUCUUAUCUGAUCUUUUCUCCUUAUUUUCUGAUUUCUAAAGACUCUAUCAGCUUGAGGUAAUUUGGUGGUGCUGCUGAUUUUCAUUUCAUUACAAGUACAAUCAAAAGUACGAUCUACACUUUGAGCUUUGGAUAAUAUUUGUACGAAAUUGGAGGCAUUGAUUGUUAAGCAGCUUAACUUAUAUUGAGAUAUUCACAGCUCAUUAAACAGGUGGGACAAAUACUUGAUUGUGAUUGGUCUGUUCAUGGCAUCAUGCAAAUUUCUUGAAGAUAUCUGUGUACAGUGUGCACUUUGAUACUUUCAUGAUAUCAGUCUGCUAUUGAGAAAUAACAGACUUUUGCAAUGAAAUGUCUCUAUGUAGUGACCAUACAGCCUUGUAAUAAGUAGGCAGGUUAAUGUGCAGUGAAAGGCUGGUCAUGCAAAUAAGAAUCCUGUUAGGGCCAGAAAGACCCCGACUCAAACAACAGAGUCUUCUCUCACCCUGGAAGGAUACACUUUCCUGCUUCUGUCCUAGAAGUAUUGAGGUUUGACCAAUCAGAAUCAAGUAUUUAACACUGCCAUGUAACCAUCUGCUAUGACCGCCUGCUGACCUUACAUCAUCCUUUACUUGAAAGAAAUCUCAAGCUGAUAUAGUGUCCAUUAGUGCAUGCCUCCUUUGUCUUCAUGUGUUAGAUGUUGUUCCUCAUAUUUGUGUCUGUAUUUACACACAUACACAUUUGGGUAAAACUGUGUAUGAGGGCAGACAGUGUUUGCAGUGUUUGUGUGACCCACAUGCGUGUAUGUGUCCAGUAAUCACUGUUCCUGCAGCAGUAUGUGUGUGUCUUUGUUGUCUGUGUGGUGCUACAGCUGGGAUCAUAUCCACGACUGAAAGAAGAGACUGAAAGGAUCGUCACCACCUACAUCAGGGAGAGAGAGGGGAAGACCAAGGACCAGGUGUGUGUGCUUGUGUGUGUGUGUAUGUGUGUGUGUGUGUGUGUGUGUGUGUGUGUGUGUGUGUGUGUGUGUGUGCUUGUGUGUGUGUGUAUGUGUGUGUGUGUGUGCGUCUGUAUUAUACAGAGGAAGAAGGAUGUAGAUACAGAUUGUGUACACGGUAUACUUUUAUGCAGUCACUUCUUUUUUUCACAUACUGUUGACAUUUUUUUCUCUCAGGUGCUGCUGUUGAUUGACAUUGAGCUCUCCUACAUCAACACUAACCAUGAAGACUUCAUUGGAUUUGCCAAGUAAGGAAAAAACUCUAUUUUAGGGUUUCGUGUAGAAGAGAUAGGGGAUACUUUUUUAUUUGUGGAGCUGAAAUGAUAUUGUUAGGAUAUUCUAUUGGUCAUUAUUUACUUUUUGAGUAAAAAAGUGGUUGUUUUUAUACUCCGAAAUAUAGAUUUUAUGCUCUUUCUGGUCACAUGUACUAAUAAUUAAAAGCUCCUGAAGGGAAUUUGAUAAGUUAUGAAAUAGACUGAGAUGAGCAGAGAUGUGUCUCUGUGAUGUACAGAAGAAAAGGAGACCAUUGAGGAGAAGAGUGGCAUUCUCUAUAGUUUAAGUUUUAAUGCCUAUCAUAUAGUAGUGAGAGGGUAGGUUGAGAUGAAACAGCCUUUGGUACUUUUUUCCACCAAACAUACUCUCAGUGAAUGACAAACUUCUUUGUGAAAAGAAAACAGAUGCAUAUUUUUUGUCUACCACCCCUUCACAAGGACUAGACACAAUUAGUAAGUUGUAAGGUUUCACACAUUGUCUACAAGAGGUGCCUGAAUCAACACGGACAAAAAAUUUCUCACAGUAGCUGUGUUGGAUGUAGUAUGAAGUAGGUCAUUACUGGAUUUCAUGUUUUUAAAUUUUUGUGCUGCAGUGCCCAGCAGAGGUCAGCUGCUAAUGCCACCAAAAAGAGAGUCAUGCCCAACCAGGUAACUCACCUGUUUAAACAGGUUCACUCAUUUCAGCAGCCUCUCUCUCUCUCUCUGGCUGUUGUUUGAUUUCCUUCACUUUCUGUUAUUGUCUCAGCACACCUCUCCUGUCUUUGCUGAUUCAUGUCUGUGUCCAUCUUGUCUUCCCUCAUUUCCUUUUCCUCUUUCUCCUGUUUAUGACUCAGGGAGAGAUUCUUGUCAAUACCUCCUGUUACUUACCGAUUGGGUGGGGGGAGGGAGUAGACAGUCAUUCGGACCAUGCUGGGAAACUGAUAUUUGUAAUUCUUGAUUAAGAAGAGGGAAGUGAAAGAAGUAUUCAUGCAUAUUCUGUGAAAACAAGAAACCAUGAAGAGUGUUAAGAUAGCGGGGAUACACAUUAAGUUUCCUUAAAAUAGUCUGAAAAGGUUAUUUUGAAACUAUUUCUAAUGUUGAGUCUGCCCAACACUCAGCAGUGUCUCUAUUGACCUACACAAAAAUCGUUAUGGACUGUGAGAGAGUUUCACAAAUAAAUCAAAAUAGUAAAAAGAAUCACUGUACAAGAAUAAUUAUGUUUUAAUCCCAUAUAGUCUGUAGUUUCAGACACCUUUUGAAACAUUUUACGUAACCUUUUCAUAUAAAGAUCUGUAAGCUCUUGGUCAGAAAUCUAUGGAAAUAAUAAUAGUUAUGAGAUUUUAUACAUCAAAAUGAAGUUUAAACUCAGCCAGCUUCUUGUGGGACUAAAACCAUCACUUCACUUACUGUAUCCUUCUUAUGAAUACUACUUUUACAAGGGCUUUUAACCCUGUUAUGUUCAGUAUUUCCCCAGGUUCUUCUCCUGAUAAGGACUCAAUAAAGGACAAUAUUUCAAGUUUUUACCUCAAUACAGCUGUGGAAAAAAUGUACAUAGGACUGCUCAUGUAUACACAUGAUUAUUCUAUUUAGACAGCUUACUUCCCACAGGUUUGAUAACACAACAGCAUGUUAGUGUUUAGUGGGGCUCAGGCGGGUGUUUUUGAGAGCUGUCACUCAGAAAGUAACAUUUAGUUUUGAAGCUCACACCUUGACUAUGAUAUUUAAAAGAACUUUAUCGUAUAUAUCUCAAGUUUUAGAGUGUUUUCAGGGUUUAAAUCACAACAGAUUUUGUGGAUUAAAAGUGCGGUUCGUCUAAAUAGGAAUAUGCUUGCAAUCAGAUUAAAAUGCUCCUUAGUUUACCCUUUCUUCUGGUGAAGCAACAGGGACAUGAAGCUCCUAUGAUGCAUCCUCCAUUCUCCAGUGAUCCUCCACUAGCCUAAUUUAUACUAUUAAAAGUGUCUAUAGAUACAUACAUUUUUUUAAACAACAAACUCACACUAAACACUAGUUCUCAUAUCAUACUUCUAAAAAUCAUACUCUAUUUCUAUCAAGACUAUUCUGCUACAUUUACAUGCUCUACCCUUAAUUGUAUGUUUAAUAUUGUAUUUACUGAACGAUGCAGGCUGAUAUCAUGCAGGUUUACAGUUUUAUUUGCAGAUUUAACAUGUUGGAUGUGAUGGAGCAGAAGUCAUUUCUCUGAUCUACUAGUGUAAAUGUAGAAUUAGCCUGCAGACAAGUCAGUUAUGUCCAAAGCAACCUCCCAGCUGGACGAUGACUUACAACAGCACUGGUGAUAAGCACAGUUGUUGGGUGUAAGGUUUUUUGGGUGCUGAAUCUUUUUCUUUCAGCCACACAGGUGACCUCUGACCUCUUGUACACAGGUGAUCCGCCGUGGUUGGCUCACGAUCAACAUCAGUAUCAUGAAGGGAGGAUCUAAGGACUACUGGUUUGUCCUGACUGCUGAGUCGCUCUCCUGGUUUAAAGAUGAGGAGGUAAGGGUGCUUAUGGAGCAGGAAAUAUGUAGUUAACUCUUCUUUGCUCUGUGGGUAAUCAGGGAAGUGGACUUUCAAGUGUUAGAGUCCCAGCCCCUGUUCAAGUCAUGAGUGAGUUAAAUGUACCAGUAUGGUAAAAAUACUGCAGCGUGCCUUUUUGUACCUUUAAGCUAAUCUGUUAGUCAGUGUAUUGACAGAUGAUUGAUGGCUCAAACAAUCCUUUAUUACAAACCUCUUUGUGAUUCUAUCAGGAGAAAGAAAAGAAGUUCAUGCUGCCUCUUGAUAACCUGAAGCUGAGAGAUGUGGAAAAGGGCUUUAUGUCCAGCAAACAUGUCUUUGCCAUCUUCAAUACUGAACAGAGGUAUGGAUGCCACAAUCGUCUGUAAAAUCACUUAUUUUAAUCUUUGUCGUGUUAAACCUUUGGUCAAUACCUGUGUGUGUCUCACAGGAAUGUGUACAAAGACCUGCGUCAGAUCGAGCUGGCAUGCGACACUCAGGAGGAUGUGGACAGCUGGAAGGCUUCCUUCCUCAGAGCUGGUGUUUACCCGGAGAAAGACCAGGUACUGGGAGUGUGUUUACAUUUCAAACAAUGUUUGCGGUUUAAAAUAAUAUCUACCAAAGAGUUUCUGCAUUUAUCCUUACGACUGCAAGAAACAGCUCACAUUGACCACUGGAGAGUUUUGUUACUAUAUCACGGUUAUCUGGGUAACAGAAGGUUUUUUUUUACCAAGUUUAAAACUAUAACUUCUAUUAUAAAACUUUUAUUAUUUUGGCAGUAAAGCGUGUGAUCUUUCAGGGGAACAUCAUGAAUCGUAACAGUCUAAUAACAUCAUGAAGUACAUUUUCAGACUUCAACAGAUCAUAGUCAGUCCAUCUCUGUUCUGCUCCCUCUUCAUUGUCCUUUCUGCCUGUCUCUCCUCCUCCAGCCAGACAAUGAAGAGGCCUUGAGUUCCAGCGACACCGUGUCCAUGGACCCUCAGCUGGAGAGACAGGUGGAGACCAUCCGCAACCUCGUGGACUCAUACAUCGGCAUUGUCAACAAGUCAAUCAGAGACCUCAUGCCCAAAACCAUCAUGCACCUCAUGAUCAACAGCGUAUGUUUGCGGUUUUAUUGUCCCCUUUUCCAGGAGUUAACUCAACUUGAAGCCUUCACUCAGUUGUUUUUGCAUCUCUAUCCUGCAGGCGAAGGACUUCAUCCAUGCUGAGCUGGUGGCCUACCUGUACUCUGCAGGGGACCAAAGCAGCAUGAUGGAGGAAUCAGCAGAGCAGGCUCAGAGGAGGGAUGAGAUGCUAAGGAUGUAUCAUGCUCUGAAAGAAGCCCUGGUCCUCAUAGGAGACAUCAGCACCUCCACUAUCUCUACCCCAGUGCCUCCACCUGUGGACGACACCUGGAUUGCAAAGGAUCCGAGGUAGCUAACAUGAACAAAAGCAUUUACAUUUGCUGAUAUUAGCUUUAUGGUCAUUAUUUUAAUUAUCGUUUACAUGUUUGCCUGGUGUACAUGGACUGAAAAUAACCAAAACAUUAGGAGAUUGGACUUGUGACAAAGUUUGACCACUAGAUGGCACUUACACAUUGAUUUAUUUAAUGAUUUAUUUUUUUACUUUAUAAUGCACUGUGUGGGAGUGCACAAUUUUAAAUAUCAAAAAAUAAAUAAAAGGAUUUUUAUCAAGUGGGAAAAAAUUGAGGAAUUACUGCAAACAAAUAUGAUAUAGAUAUCAAUGUUUUUAAUUAAGCUAACAAUGAGCUGAUUAAAAAUGAAUUAUGUUUGUAACUUAACAUCCUGUCUCCUUACCCCAGUCCACCUCCAGGACCCCGUGCUGCUGCAGCCACAGGACCCCCUGCAGGCCGACCCCCAGGGGUACGAGGCCCGACCCCGGGUCCUCCAGCUCCUCUCAACCCUUCACCUGCAUUUGGGGUUCCACCGGUCCCGUCUCGACCCGGCCCGGGAGAUCCAAACGCUGGUGCUGUUCCUCUUAUCCCCUCCAGGCCAGCCCGAGUCCCUCCCGGUCUGCCCCCCGGAAUCCCCAGGUAACAUCGCACACACACAAACUCAAACAAAACAUCUGCUCUUUAUGGCUUUGGUAUUGGUCUAAGUUUUGGGAUGGGUCUGCUGGUGAAGGGGUGAACUUUUGGUGGUUUGGGAUUCCUGUUGCAUGUCUUUCUGAUGAUAUUUUGCCUUGCAUGUUUCUUCCUUCCCCGACCCCCCCUUCCUGCAACAGAAGACCUCCAGCUGCUCCCAACCGACCCACUGUCAUUCGUCCUUCAGAGCCCUCCCUGCUUGACUAGAACAGAAAACGUUCUCUCAGUUUACACUUUUAUAUUUCUCCUGAGCUGAAAAGUUCCUUUAUUUUCAUGUGUAUCGAUUUAACUAUAAAAUUUUGUCCUACUGUAACUGGUAAUCUGAUGCUGUUUUAGUCUGUGCAUUUCAGAAAGAUUAUGUAUGUAAUUUUGACUUUUAUGCAGGUAGCUUUUUUUAACAAAAUAUACAUAAUGAAAUAUUCUGCAUUCAGUAUUACGAUAAAGGGAAACUUACUUUUUAUGAUUUUAUUGACUUUAAGGUUAUAAACCAGCAAGUCAUCUUGAAUUUUUCUUGUUUCAUUUCAAAUGAAAGUGUCUUAAAACAAAAUAUGAUUUUAACUUUUUUAUAUUACUAAGAAAACUUCUUAAAUUUUUCUGAGCUGUACACUUGCUAACAAUUUGUCAGUUAUCUUACACACUAAGCACCUCAUGAAGGAAGCAGCACUUUUUGUAAUGAAGUCCUAUACGAUUGUCAUUGUCCACAGACUUUCCACGAUAUUCCCCAGAUGAGUUCAUGAAAAUUAGACUGACAGGUGGAAUAUUUCUGCCUCAAUAUUUAGAUUUAUCACCUUAUUAAAAGGAUAUGGAGUUAAGUGCUGCCACCAAAGUGAAAAAUGAAUUUGUCAUUUUAUUGGCACUUUUUCUAACAAACUUUAAUUAUCUUUAAAUAAAACAGUUUUCACAAUAUUUCAAGACAUUUACAACAAACAAACUGCUGUUUUGACAAAAUCUAUUGAUGUGUAAAGUGAAACGGAUUUUAGUACCAAAUCAAAUGAUAUCAUUGAGGUGUGGUAUCUUUUCUGUGCACACAGAUUCCUUAUAAAAGUUUUAAUUACAUCAUUCCCCAUCUAACAGGAAGUAUUAUUUUAAAGGGCUUAGAUUUCUUGUAAAGUCAUCAAAUUCAGUACACAGGAGCCCAGUGGAGAGUUACACAUUAAAUAUCUAGUAAUAUAAUCUUCUACUUAUAUCUGUUAAUAUAAGUAAGUGGGCGUGACUUAAAAUGAGUGAUUUGCCACAUCCACAACUUCAAAAAUGUCAUUUGAAAACGUGCUUUGUUGCACAAAAGUCACUUGAACCCACAUUGUAAAACCAAAAGUGAGUCCACACAUUUUAAUUUUUGGUAAAAAUAGCCUAACUUUCCAGAGGUAACAUUUUUGUAAGUUAUGUUUCCUGAUUUACCAAGUUAUAAAAUGAUACUUUUAACACUGAUUUAAUAAGUUUAUUCAGUAGAAAUGUGAAAAUAUCUUGAAGUAGAAUGAAAUAUAAUAUCUUAUUGUGAAAAAAAGUCUUCGUUAGAGCAGCUUACUUUAACAUUUUGACCAUUGACUGCAUGAAGAAUUGAUGUAAUCUCAGUAAAGUCAAGUACUGUUUCUGAAGGGGCAUAUAGUAAAUGACAUCUCCAACAAACUUUCAGUCUGAAUCCUAACCCAUCCCUUAUGGAGUCAGCGUCCAAGUGGACAUGUGGAGAACUGCAGUUUUUGCAUUUCUACACUGUUUUUUUCCACACAGGAGGUUUUUGCUUUAUUAUAAAAUUAGGCUAAUUCAUUUUUCUGGGUGGCAGCAAUAGGCUUCUAUACAAGAGAGAAUGCUGUAGGUAGAAAUGGUCCUCUGAUGUACUUCUGAUUAGUAAACUCUGGUUAAGAUAACUGUGACAGUUCGCUCCCACCACAGAUCAUCCUCAGUGGAAUUCUGAUCCAUGUGCCUUUGGAAAAUGAUUUUGUUUCUAUGUACAAAGCCAUACUUAAUCAAAGAAGAAGGGUUUCUUUCAGAGGGUGUUUGACUGAAUAAAGAAGUAAAAAGUUGAAGGUG